AAGCACUCAGACAGCCAGGUUAUAAAGAUAGAAAGAGGAAAAGCAUCUUAGAGGGACUGCAGCACUUAGGCUUUAACUGGGAGUUCAGAUGGGAUUGUUUUUUCAGAUACUGGGUGAGGCCAGAAGAAAUCAAGAGGAAACCAAUAAAUUCCUGGGCAACAGAUAAGGACAAAGGAAGAGAUCAUGACAGUACCGUGACAAGGAUGUUAUAUUUGCAAACAAGUGGAGUUUAUGGUGUACACAUGCAAAUCAACCGUGAAUUACAAAAGAGCCAGCUGAGAGAGGAGCUGCUGGAGAAAGGACCACCCUCCACUCCCACAGUUCUGCCUGGGACAUUUACAAAGUCACAUUUUGGCUUCUGGUUCUUGGUUUUCUCGACUUAACUUUUAUCAGACAUGUCGGAGGGGAAAGGAUUAUCCUACAGUGAAGCCAUCGAGCAGGCGAAGGGCACAUUAUAUCGCUUCCCUCUCAUCCCGGUCAGAGGAAUUCCUCUCAUGAACCACAUCGCUAACAACUGGGACUCCGUCUGGGAUUUCCGUCCUGACCCCUCAGACCUCCUCAUCGCCACCUACCCCAAAGCAGGGACCACAUGGACCCAGGAGAUAGUUGACCUGCUCCUUCACAAUGGAGAUGCUGAGGCCUGCAAACGAGCCCCGACACCGGUCCGCAGCCCUUUCCUAGAGAUCUUCUCCCCACCACCCAUUGCCUCAGGCCUUGAUCUUCUGAAGAACAUGGACCCUCCAAGAAUGAUCAAGACACAUCUUCCUAUUCAGUUGGUGCCUCCUGCAUUUUGGGAAAACAAGUGCAAGGUUAUCUACGUGGCACGCAACGCCAAAGACAACCUGGUGAGCUACUACCACUUUGAUUGCAUGAACAAAACGCAGCCUGAGCCAGGACCCUGGGACGGCUACAUAAGGAAGUUCAUGCAAGGAGAGUUGGCUUGGGGCUCCUGGUACGACCAUGUGAAAGGUUACUGGAAGGAGAGAGAGAAGAAGAACAUACUUUACCUUUUCUAUGAGGACAUGAAGGAGAAUCCUCGGCGUGAAGUGGAGCGAAUCAUGAGGUACCUGGAGCUGUCCGUCUCUGACGAGGUCAUCAGCCGAAUCGUGGAGCUCACGUCCUUUGAGAAAAUGAAGGAGAACCCGAUGGCCAACUACUCCUGCAUCCCAGCACCUGUUUUUGAUCAAUCUAUCUCCCUGUUCAUGAGAAAAGGUGAAGUAGGUGACUGGAGAAACCAUUUCACACCGGAGCAAUCGAAGAUGUUUGAUGAAGAUUAUGAAGAGCAAAUGAAGAAAGUUAACAUACCAUUCAGGACCCGCAUCUAAAGGAUUUAUGUUUUUUGUUGCAGCUUUGCAAAACAAAGGCCGGUGAAAUGACACUGUGAGGCACAAAUACUGUCCCAAAAUCUGACACAAGCUAAACUAGAAAUGACAAAAAAUGAAUUUGUUUGAUGUUAAACACUGUCGUCACUGUGCCUCCUGAUGUGGAGGAAUGCUUAAAAGAUCAAUAAAAAUGUGC